UAUAUUAAGGGCACUUAGCCUUCUGCAGAUGUUCUGGGUAACCUCUCAAAAUAGUAUCAUGAGCCAUUUGGAGCACACCCAGGAUCCCUUUAAAGACACACCGCAAGCCGGACGCUUUGACGCCGCGUGACCUUCAACGUACCACGCAUCGAGUUGGGAUCGUGAGUUGUGUGUACACAGCACUCUGGAAUAGUUCCCUAGCUUGAAGUUAUUUGACCAAGAUUUGAUAGCUGAUAGUGUGACUAAGAGCCCGGUCUCUGGUUCCAAAAUGGCUACGCGCUUUCCCGUGCAGGUCAGCGUUUCAGUGCAGGGGUUUUCGGGCCAUGGUUUUUAGUUUCGGAUCAGGACUAGUGAUGUUCGUGCUUCGUGUUCAACGUGGCCAUUGUCUUAGGCGUUUUGCACAGCGCACGACAGAAAGUCGGGGACGGUCGUGCUAGGUCUAAAGCUUCGAAAGCAGUGUUCAACGUUUCACGCGCCUUAUUGGCAUGAUUGAGCAAAGUACUGUGAACCUAAUUAGUAAUUGUACUUUCAUUGUGCUUGGUAUGCGGUUAAGUAGUCUACCGUUGAGCCAAUAAGCAACACAUGGCACGAAGAGGGACGCACUCACGGACAGCUCAAGGAAAAUGAGCUCAGCGAAGCAGCCGGGGAGUAAAAGCCAGUGUAGUGCUGGAGAAUCGUUCCCUUUGCUGGAGAACAACGAAUUAUUGACGGGGAGGGACAUCAACCGACUGUCCACGAGGCAAGAGCCGCCUGCUUGAGGACAGAUUUUGUGGGUCAGGCGCUGUGGGAAAGGAUUGUGCUCAGAGGCAGUAGCCAGACAAAAUGGAUGGCACCAGCGCAGCAACCAAAAAGGGUGUCUGCUGGUCACGGAAGAGGGUCUUCUCGUUCUGCUUGGUGGCACUGGCGGUGUGCUUUGCCAUUAUCAUACUGGGAGGCCAAAACCAGACGGGCGUGUACAAGUUCCACAGGUGGCUCGAUCCCGGUGCCCGGUACCAGUCUGGUGCUGAAAACCUGGAAAUAAGCACGCCGAUGAGGAUCCAAGACCAACCUGGUCACAGCGACGGAGGCUUUGCCAAGGUCAGGUCAGAUAUUCUUGACAGUCAUGAUCAUGAUGAUGACUUCUUUAAAAUUGUUCCAGUCCUUGCUGGCAAGGGCGCUACCUAUGGUGAAAGUGAGCAAACCCUUCCGACGGAGAGCGCCGCCAAGACAGAAACCGAGUUUUCUGAUCUAGUGAGUGGCACUUCGAACUCUCCGUUUCAACAGAGUGCAGCAGCAGAGGGCGUCGGUAACGACAUCAAAUCAGUGCCUAGGAACAAAAUUAAUGCCACAGUGGGCGAUAUAAACCUAGAAACAAGACGUGUGCCAUCUAUAGUCACUAAACAAGCUAUCCAAAGAAAAGUUGAGUAUAUUGCAGGACUCAAAGAGUCAGUGCCUGUUAAGGGAUCUUUCCCUGAUCAUCCAAAAAUGUCCGUAGACAGAAACAACGGAACAGUACCUUUUAGACGAAAAGUCAGUGUCUCCACUCAGGCUACGCAAACUUUUAUUCCAGCACAAACGACAGCUGAAGCUGUGUAUUACGACAUUUGUGCCAAGUGUUGCUAUCGCUACACUACUAUUAACAAUGAUAUCACAAAAGUACUUGACGAAUCGCAGCUCAGAGAAAGGGGUUGCCAAAGGAGACUUCCAGACGCCAUGAUCUUCGGCGUGAAAAAGGGCGGGACCACCACCUUGAAAAACUUCCUCAGCUACCAUCCCGACAUCGCCUUCACUCAGGAAGAGUUGAAGUUCUUCACCUCUUCGAAGGAGAGAGCGAAGGGGUUGGAAUACUAUCGGAGCAGAAUGAUCUACUCCACCCCGGAUCAGAUCUCCAUGGAGAAAACCCCGGCUUAUUCUCACUACCCGAAGGUCCCCGCAAUGAUCGCAAAUGUCCUGCCCGAUGUCAAACUCAUUAUCAUCAUGCGAGACCCGGUGGAGCGAGCGGUAUCCGACUACGUGCACAUGCAGGUCACGAUUGCCAAGCGCUGCCACAAACUGGGAACCUCAACCCUGACGUCGCUGCUGACCAAUAUCACUCUGCCUAAGGAUUGUGACUUCUUCACCCGCUACGAAAUCAACAGCACGUUUGACGAGUCCGUCAUCGACUCCAAGGGACGUGUCAAGGAUCGAAGUCAGCUCAUCUCGAAAGGGGUAUACGUCAAGGAUAUACAGAGAUACUUGGAUUACUUUAAACCUGAACAGAUUCUCGCAAUAGACGGGGAGGCGUUCAUCCUCGACCCCUACCCGGCCGUCAAGAAAGUCGAACAGUUUCUGGGCAUCAGGGAUUACUUUAUGCGCGACCACUUCUACUUCGACGUGCAGAAAGGCUUUUACUGUCUGAACAAGCCCAUCCCCAACAACUGCAUGUGUCCAGCGAAAGGGCGCCCUCAUCCGCGGGUGCACGAAGACACGCUCAGGAAGCUGCGCGACUUUUACAGACCGUACAACGCAGAGCUCAAGCAGUUGACGAAGCUGGACUUGCAUUGGUCCUCAUAGUGGAAUAUUUUUUCGCGCCCAAAGAUGCAUUUUUUGCGGUACAUGUGCAUAUUUUCCAAUUUUCCUCCUGAAUUCUCAGUGCUGUGGUCACUUGAAGACGCCAGAUCUUGUUGCUUUGAAAAUUAGUGGUACGUCCCAGUUUCAUGGAGGCGUUAAGCGGGAAAUUUUGUGCUGCUAGUUAAUAAUGCAAAAACCAGUCGUUAACCAGAUGAGCAAAAUAUGUUGCGUUCACGAGUGAUAUGCGAACUUGCAGUCCUUCGAUUUUGGCCAGCGUGCACUGUUUAUACCGAAGCUAAUCACUUUAAUUGUGGUGUCUAAUUUCUAAUCGAGAGACUCCAAAUUUCUCCAGCCACCAACUGUGAAUUGUAUUAUGAUUGGAAUGUGGCAUUCUUGACGUUUUAAGAUGUAGAAGUAAUUUUUGUGCUCAUUUUGACUUGCCUGCUCGACCCUAUUCACAAAUUUUAGGGCAUAUCGUCACUUUGAUGGUGCUUUGGCUGCAUUGUUGGCCCUUCAGUUUGGCAAAACACCGUGGACCACAUAACAGAAGCCAACUGUUAUCUAUACCUUAAAAAGUGAGGCUUUUACAAAAGAUAUGAAUAUGCAGGUUUUACUAUCGAUCCAAGUAUGUUUCAAGAAAGUGUUACAACUGUAGAUCGGUCGAUCCUUUUUAUAAAGGUAGAUUGGUCGAUUCACAAUGCCGUGCGCCACCUAGAGGUUGUUAUGGAGAGGCCUUUUCGCAGUACAUAAUGGGAUAAAUAGUCUCAUUUGCUGACUGCGCUGUGCGCGGAAAGCUUGAAUUUUUCUGAAUGUUUGUUUAUCUUGGUUAAAAAUUCGAAAUUGCUUAUUGCGAAUGGGUGUUAGGUAGUAAAAAUGAUGGUUUUGUUUGGUGCAGGGAAUGCUUCUAUCAAUCAAAUAUCCCUACGAAGUGCAUUAGUGCACUUAAAAUCGUGGCAGCGUAAGCUUGAAAAGUGGCCUGUCUGCGGCAAACUCUUGGUAGCGACGUGUAUUGUGAAUCGCGCACAUCAUACAAAGGAGUCGAAUAGGAUGGCUAUUGACAUUCCUUUUGAUUUCCACUGAAUGUAAUAUUUACUCACCUCAUCUUAAGUCGUUUGUGUAUUGGCACUUCUGGCAUUUUGUGCACACCCAUAAAUAUUCCCAAUUCUUUGACUCGGCAUUUAUUGAAUGAAAGAAACUUCAGCAUGCAUUAUUCAUUAUUCCUGUAGAAUCGGCUCAUCUCUGAAGUUAAUGAUUAUAUGUUGCAUCAUGUUCCAAUGACAGUGAAAGAGGCAGGUAGAUAGGUGAACGUGUUGCAUUAAGGUUCAUCCACACUGGAAAAUAGCUUGAGCUAUAUUUUUUUUUAGAAACUGGCAAUUACGAAAUCUCUUUGUUUUUCAUUUAAAAACCCUUAUUUGUACAUCUCUAUGGAAUAUACAUGUACAUGCCGUAGAAAGUGCAUACAUAAUAUUUACUUGGUGUUAAGAGUAAAUUAUGCGAAGUUCAUUUACAUUGUUAAUAUGUACAGCUUGGCUUAUGAAUACUCUUCGUUUCUUUCAAGUUACUUUAUGUUUUGUAUGUGAAAUCGUUGAGAUACCCUAUUUAAUGAACGUAUUUGCUCUGUGAGCAAAUUUCGAGAAUGUACACGCAUUCCUCUUUCGUCAUUUGGUUUGUUUGAAUUAACAGGAUGGUUGAUGUUAUCAUGACCUGGUCCCUGUAAUCGCCAUGCUAUAAUUUUCCCCGUUUUCACAAAACGAAAACUUUUUAGAAAAGCAUGGUCUGAAAUAGGCUGAACGUGCAAAUACAGGACAGACUUAA